AUGCCUUUCAUCCUCAACGACCCCAAGACCUGGCCCACCACAGCAAAGUCCGACCCAGAAUAUGACGCCGCCAUCAAAGCCAUUGGCGGCGCUCCCGACAUGGGCAAGUUCCCCUCCAUAGCAGCCAUGCGGCAAUUCAUCGAAGACAACAAAGCCAACAUGGUAGCAACCCACGAGCCAAUUCCCAACGUGAAGGAAGAAGACCGCCACAUCACAAUGCGGGAUGGCCAGCAAAUCGCAGUCCGGAUCCAUGGUCCCGAGAAGCCAGCAGCUGGCAGGAGUCCAUUGGGAGUUGUCUACCAUGGCGGCGGCUGGUGCAUAGGCGGCCUCAUUAACGAGGAGCUGUUGUGUCGCCUUAUGGUCAGCAAAUACAAUAUGGUCGUGGUUAAUGUAGACUACCGCCUGGGUCCCGAGCAUAAGUUCCCAACGGGCCAUCAUGAUUGCUACGAUGCGACCAAGUGGGCAGCUGAGAAUGCCUCGUCUCUAGGAGCCGACCCAUCAAAAGGUUUCAUCAUUGGUGGGACUUCGGCGGGUGGAAACAUUACCGCUGCUGUAUCUCAUCUCUGGCGUGACGAGGGUCUGACGCCGAAGAUCACGGGGUGCCAUCUCAUGAUCCCGAUGGUCUGCGCUGACAGUUUCCACCCGAAGGAUAAGGACCUUGCAUCCUGGGGCCAGCUCGAAUUUGCACCGAUCUUGAGCCAUGCGGCCUGUAAACUGUUCCUCGACAACUACAUUCCCAACAUCGAGGAUCGCGGGAAUCAGCUCUUCAGUCCCUACCUCUGGAAAACCGGCCACAAGGACUUGCCAGCGCAGUACUUCCAGAUUUGUGGGAUGGAUCCGUUGCGGGACGAGGCACUGUUGUAUGAGCGACACUUGCGGGAGAAGGAGGGCACAAAGACCAAGGUAGACAUGUACGAGGGCGUUCCCCAUGGAUUCUGGAGCUUGUUCCCGCAGUUGGAGGGGAGCAAGAAGUUCGUGAAGGAGUCUGUUGAUGGGGUUGGAUGGUUGCUUGAGCAGGGUAAGCAGUGA